AUUGACUUGACCACAUAUUGAGAGAAAUUGAGACUUAUCAUUGCUUUGGAUACACUACAAGAUACAUACAACUGAUUUACAAUAAAAUGGAUACUGUUGUAGAUAAUAUUAUUGUAUAUAAGUAUCAGUUUUUAGGAUGCAUAAGCACCGCAUGAUUUAGAGAAAACAGUAUAGGAUUUUAAAUAAUAUUUGUUAUAAGUAACAAAGUUAUUAUAAUAUUGCUCAAACUUCAGUUGUUUAAUUCCGGUUACAACCAAACAUAUAAUUAGGAAGAUGUUGCCUCUUAGUUAUAUACCAUACAUGUAGUUAUAUAGUAAUACAGGAUUUACAAUAUCAGAACAUCAAAAUGAAGGAUAAACCAAAAAUGUCAAAUUCAGUUGUCCAUACAGCUCAUAGAAAAUGGGAUCCAGCUUCAAAAGGUAUUACUAACCCAAGCUUUAGUGACAAAACAAAUGGAAAAAUAGAUGCUUUGGAUGAAACAACCAGAUAUAAUAACAAUAUACCUCUUAAUGAUAGUGGCAGUGAUCUCAGUAGGCCAGAAAAUAACCCUGUUGUUGAGUUUAAUUCAACUGGGUUGGACACUCUACCUGGAUGCCCUAUGCCCAAGCAUGAUGGUGCAUUACCCAAGCAUGUUAAUUUGGUGCCUAAGCAUGUUGAUCCCAUGUCAGAACAUAUAGAUGCAGUGCCAAAGCAUGUAACAUUAAAACCUGAACAUGUCAAUUCAAAGCCAAAGCAUGUUGAUACAAAUUCAAGUAACGUUUUUAAAAGAUUUUUCUCAUGGAAAUCAAAGAAAAAAAAUUCAAUAGUAGCUGAGAAUAUUAACACCACAAUCUCUGAUAAUGAUGACACUAUAACAGAUAUACAUAAUAAAACUGACACCUCUAGUGUAAAAAGUGGAAAAGGCAGCCAAGAACCCAAUGAUGUAUUUUGGGAUACGGCACCUUUAACUGAGCAAAAAACAGAAGUUAACAGAUCUUUAAAAUGCAAUUCUUCCAAAGGGGCUCAUAAGGGGUUGAUUGGAUUACUAACCCCAGUUCUUCCUGGUCUACCUACAGAUGAAAUGGAAGAUACCUUACAUGACACUUAUGAGAACUUUAAGAGCAAGAACUAUGACCUGGAACUUGCAGCUGCGCAUAUUGAUGAUGCCUUGAAGGGAAGGGGGGCAUAUGGCAGGGCUAGAGCUGUGUUUAAGUCAAAAUGGACUAAGCGAUGUUUUGAGAUUUAUGACAAUCCUUGGUUCAACAGAUGGAUGUAUGUCAUCAUUUUACUUCACAGUCUCCUUGCUUUCUGGGAGCCUUGUCAAGACACAGUGACACCAGGAGGUGUCCACCCUGUUGUGAUAGCCCUGAAUGCUCUUUGUGUACUGAUGUAUGGUAUAGACAUUACACUUCACCUCAUAUAUUUCUCGUGGAAGAAGUUCUGGACACUAGAGGAGACAAAAUGGAUGCGGAUUGAAUUUGUGUUUGUCUGCAUGUUCUUCGUUGAUUUUCUUAUGCUCGUCAUCCAAGCUAUUGUCGGGAAGAGGCUAGCUCAGCCCUUUAGAUGCCUGAGAGCAGCAACUAUUAACUGUAAAGCUAAGAAUGUCGGUCACAUCUUUGAUGCUUGCCUCUCCAUCAUUCUCAAACUAGGCAAGGUGUUCUUCAUAAUAUUUCUGUUCAUCUUCAUUUUUGCUGCAAUCGGGGUUCACAUCUACAUGGACGAGUAUCACUACAUCGGAUGUGAGGACAGAUCUUCCAAUAACUUUACAUUAGUAUGUGAGGAAGAUUAUGAUAAUGUCUACACUGGGGCAUAUGAUCACAUUCUUAUAGGGGCGCUGAGACUAUUUGCACUUCUGUCAACAGAGAAUUACCCAGAGUUGAUGAUUCCUGCUUAUUCUGUGAACAAUGCAAACUUCUUCUACUUUGGUAUCUUCCUCUAUUUUGGUGUGUUUAUCCUCACUACUGUACUGCUGGCCAUAGUUGUAGAGAGCUACUGGGAUGUAUCCAAGAAGUAUAUAAAGAAAGAAAGGAAGCGAGAAAGGACUGAGCUUGCCAAAGCUUGGAAUCUCUUGGACCCAUUGGGUGAUGGCAUCAUCGCAACAACAGAGCCAAAGUUUUUUGCCCUCUUCCGUAUGGUCAAACCAAAGUUGAGGGACUGUGAUGUCAAAGAAAUCCUUGAUUACAUAGAUGAUGAUGGGGAUGGUGGUAUAGCUACCAUAGAGUGGAUAACACGACUCACAGACGCUCUCAAUUAUGAAUUUGAAAAACCCAUAGCAUCAUUUAAGAUUACCUCUCCCAAGUGGCUGGCUGUAUUGUGCAAUAGCAUAAGAAGUGUUGUAAAGACAGGUACUUUUGAGAGGAUAGUGCUGGUGCUCAUUAUCGCUCACAGUAUUUUAUUUUGUGUCCACUGGCAUAACAUGACUGAAACUCAAAUGUACAUUAUACAAGGAAUGAAGACCGGAAUUGUUGGAUUGUUCUUUUUUGAAACUGUGCUGAGAAUCUUAGGUCUUUGGAAGGAGCUGCUCCAGUUUGAGGAAAUGAUGGACAUCACAUUUACCAUGAUUGCCCUCAUAUCUAACAUCCUUUGGUACUUUUACAGCGGUUUCACCAAUUUUGAGGGUUUUGAGAUUCACACCUACCGUGGGGCAUGUACAGUUGUAUCCUGUCUAUCUGUUUUCUGUCGCCUGAUGUUCAACAGUCGUCACACUAGGAAGGCCCUUCAUGUUUUCAUUAAGAUCUACCCUGUCAUGUUUGACCUGAUUAUGCUGGUUAUCAUCAUCAUAUAUUUCUAUGGAAUACUUGGCUUAGAGUUCUUCCAUGGAUAUGAACCUGUGAGAACGUAUGAAUCGGGACAUUAUGAAUAUCAAUGUGGACUCGGCUUUGAUACUCUAUCGUGUUCAUUCCUGGCAGUCUUCCAAGUGGUCACCACUAGCAACUGGCAUGAGAUCAUGAAUGCUGCCAUUGUCUCCACGUCGUACUGGGCGUCUCUCUACUUCGUCACUUGCUACCUCAUCAUUGACAUGGUGGUUAUGAGUUUGUUUGUGGCCAUUACAAUUGAGGCAUUCAAACACAUGAUUACUGAAGAGGACACUGACGGUGAUGCUGGGUUGGUGGAUCCACUUGCAACUCAGGAUGAAAAUGAUGAGGAUACUGAUAAACAGAGAACCAUUGUGAAGUCAGCGAAGCAACUGCUUGAUGAAGUAUUUGCACCUUCUAGGUCUGAAGCACACAUUCCUGGCCGCAAGAUUUCUCUAGCCAUGGUCAACGAAAGGCGUAGAUCUGUUGUUGCUAUGCAACCAGUAUCUUCCAAUGGGUCACAGAAUCCAUCAGGGAGUUUGACUAAUCUGAAUUCUCCAUCUCUCAACAAACAUCAUUCUAAAGUUCAACAACAAAUACCAUCUUCCGAUACUGAGGAAGAUUACACUGGGCUGACUGCACAUGAACGCAAACAGAGAAUCCUAAAAAAGAAAAUGAAGAAGAGAAAGCGUCAAACUGGGGUGAAAAUCAAGGUGAUAUCAGCAUUUAGGAAAACUAAAGACUCUGAAAUAGAUCUUCAUGUUGGAGAUGAAGUGAAGUUGAUAGAAAAACAGGGCAGGAUGUGGAAAGGAACAACUAGAGACAAAACAGGGUGGUUUCCAGCAUCUAAUGUCAUUGAAAUAGUGCGUGGAGCCAACAAGUCUCGCCAGAAGGCAGUGGAAGUCACCCCUGAACCCACAGGUCAUAGUAUCAUUGAGUCCAGUCCACCCAAACCUGCUUGGAGCAGUCUACCUGUGCAACCAAAAAUACCACUAAAUGAUAAUCUCAAUAUUCAGUCAGAGGUUCCUAUGAAGGCAGAGAGUGCAUUGGCCCCACAGGGGCUUAGUGCCCCAAAUAGGGGGCUAUACAGACAAUCAACUAACAUCAACAUGUCCAAGAGAAAUGCGAUUAAAGGUAACCAUGGAGACUGGAGACGUAAAAUAUUAGGAGACAUGACGGUCAUGAACCAAGAAGAGAUGCUUGAGCUGAAUAGAAUAGUGAGAGCAGAAAUGAAGGAAAGCAAGAAAGGAGGAGGUGCUUUAGCCAGGAGAUUAAACCCUAAACUAGUCAAUUUGGUAGAUGAGAUCAAAGAAGAACAAGAAGAACAGGCUGCACCUACAGUUCAUGUGCCACAGAUUAAUGUUGAAACUGCAGAGAGUCAAGAAGACCAAACAGAUAAUCAGAAACAUGAAGUUGAAGAUUCAGGAUCAUAUUUAGGAGUCCAGACUCCAAAGCUGCCAAAGUCAAAGAAGAAGAAAGAAACAAAUGGGGAAAUGCCUGACUGGGCCAAACGUUUCCUGACCUCUCAUGACUUGGAGGCUAAAGAAGGAAAGCAGGAAAACACCAUACCUGAUGCUUCCACCAGCGAAGAUGACUUGACAGAGUUGGCUAGAAAGGAUGAUGAUUCGGGGUCUAUGGAUGUAAAUUUGAAUUCUGAUACCAACGUUAGUACUCUCACCAUGCCAGAUAGCACCAGAGAAAGCAUAAGGUCAACACGUGAAGAAAGAGAAAACAAAGAUAGCAAAACUAAAAGAUCCCGUGCCUUGUUAAACAAAUUGAAGAGAUGAUUGUGAACCUGGGGGUAGAUCAAGCACAGUGCAACAAAACGUGGGGUUGAAGAAUUUCCAUAUGAUAAAACGAGUUGCCAAAAUUUCAUUUGAUUAAAUGUAAAGAGGAUGUGACAUUACACCUCCAGGCAUUAAAUUAAAACUCUGGACAAUUUAAUGAUCACCCAUGAUAAAACACAAAUCAUAAAUAUGGAAUUAUUGUAAUUGUAGCCAAAUAGAGUCUGUUCAGGUGCAUGCAAAAAUCUGAAAUUGUCAGAUUACUUGCUUCCUAUGCUAUGAUUUCUACGAACAUUUGUAUUGUUUUUUGGAAACAAAAGCGUUGUAAAUUUAUUGUAAAUAUAUGGCCUAUAUUUAAAUUACAACUUUUAAUAUACUUCCU